AUGUUUGGAUCCUUCCCCACCUUGGUGAAUUUGCACUCGCAACCUGCCCUGGACCCCAAGGACCUUCCGCCGCCGACGCCCAUCAACCUUCCCCGCUACCAGCCAGACGCAAAUGCCCCUUCACCGUCGCUGCCAAGCCUCCUGGCCCAGGUAGGCCGGUCCACUAUUGCCCUGGGUCCCGUUGGCUUCGCCGCCAUCGGCCUCGAAUUGAAGCUCGAUGCGGCAAUCGAGGACCUCGUCCCCGAUCGGUCAUAUACCCCAGACUUUCGUCGAUGGGAUCAGCUGACGCCGGACGAAUCCCGAGACGAGAACCAUGCAACUCUCCGACCGCUGAGCACCGGUGGCUUGUCUCCCGGCUGCCAAGUCUAUCUGGAGCGCAAAAGAGAACUUGCGAACAAGAACGAGGACGCAUUUCGCACCGUGAGAAGACUGCCAGCCCCCAAAGGCAGCACGCAGGCUCGCCUCGGCAACGCCUACGAAUUCUUCCGCUGCCUCGAGCUCUUCACCGUCUACUGGGAUGACCCCGCUCGUCCGCCACCGGAGACGGAGCCCUUGGCCGCCGUCGCAACUACGCCCGAGGAAUCGGCGGCAAGAAAUGAAGCAGAGUCCGAGGCCGGAAAAGGCCCGGAAACACCUCCCACCUCUCGAACAUCCUGCGGUCAGUCCAUGCCCGCAGAAUUCCGCCAAACCCUCGUCGCAGCCUUUGUGAAGCUCGUUGCCUACGACUUUGGGUGCAACGUCUCCAUGUCUCGCGUCGAACCUCGGCUCCACUUGAACUCGCCCCCUGGUCCCGACCAGCGCAAGUCGUAUACGGCUUGCCACUGCCACUUCAUUUUCCAGAGCCCCACGAGCCGUGAGGCCGCCCGAGCUGGCCUGAUGUAUGGGCCGGUCGCCGCCGUCAGCGUCAGACCAACAGUAACUUUCACGUCGCCGGAUGUCGGAACGGACCAGUCCCUGGAUCUUGCUCGAGAAGUGACGGCAGCGCUCGUGACGGCUCAACACCGAGCGCGCGAGGGCAGAGCGGAGAGGCGGUUCGGCGAGGGUGCGUGGUGGACUUCCAAGCCUAGAUGGGGCGGCGGUCAAGGCGGCCCUAUCGGCCGUGAGGUUGACGUAAUCUCGGUCCGAGCUGACGAAGAUGGCGGCCCGGCUGGCCGAGACGGGCCGCUCGCGAAGGUGGUGAAGAAGUCGCGUAGGAACAUGUCCAUAUAUGACAGUUACCGCAUGGUGCGGCCGCCAUCCACCUGUUGGGACCGCAAGGUCAAGUACGAGACGAUCGGCAAGGCUCAGGGAGCCGAUCAUGACGAUGUGUUCGUGGUGAGUUCGCUCUUUCACCACAUUUCCUUGCUGCGCUUUCGGGUGCCACUACGACUACUCGACGUCUUGGACGGCUCCCCCGAACCGGACGCUUCCGGCCGAAGCUGGGGCAAGGUACAGGCGUGGCGAAGCCCGUGGUAUGAUUUGUUCGACACCCAUGAAAGGAUCGUGGCCAUGCAGCUGCUGUGGGGAGUCAUGUCGUAUCAGAUGAGGGAGAGGGUCCCAUCCGACGCAACUGACGGCGGCAGCGCGGUGGUUGCCUGA